AUGGUGGAAUAUAUGGACUGUCCGCCGCUUUUUGUGCUACGACUUCUUUUUCGUCUUCUUUUUUUCUUCUUUCUUUUUUUUCUUUCUUUUUUCUUUUUUUUAUUCUGUCUUCUUUCUUCUUUCUUUUUCGUCAUCAUUCUGCUUCUAUCUUCUUCUUUCCUGUUUGUUUUUCUUCUUCUUUUUUCUUUUUCUUCUAUUUUAUUCUUUCUUCUCUAUUUUCUUCUAUUUCUUUUUUCUUCUACUUUCUUCUUAUUAUUUUUUCUUCUUUCUUUUUUCUUCCCUCUACUUUCUUCGUUUUCUUUCUUCUUUUCAUUCUUUGUUUUUUUUUCUUCUUUCUUCUUUGGUCUUUUCUUCUUUCUUCUUCUAUCUUCAUCUUCUUUGUUCUUUCUUUUUCUUCUACUUUCUUUUUCUCCUUUCUUCUUUUACCUUUUCUUUCUUUUUCUUCUUCUUUUUUCUUCCCUCUUCUUUCGUCUUCUAACCUUUUCGUAUUCUUUCUUUUAUCUUUGUUCUUCUUUUUCUUCUUUGUUUUUCUUCUUCUAUCUUUUUCUUCUAUCUUUUUUUCUUCCUCUAUCUUCUUUGUUAUUUCUUUUCUUCUAUUUUCUUUUUUUUUCUACUUACUUCUUUUACUUUCUUUUUUCUCCCCUCUUCUUUCUUUCUUCUAUCUUUUCGUCUUUUUUCUUCUAUCUUCUUUCAUCUUUCUUUUUCGUCUUCUUUUUUUUCUAUCUUUCUUCUUCUUCUUCUUCUUCUUCUUCUUCUUCUUAG